CCAGCCACAGGAAGUGGACUGUCAUUCUAGGCUGUGUCCUUGUAAGCUAACGAGCAGGUUAGCUGCCAGGCUAAUGUGUACCAUUUGGAAAGAUGAAUUAAGCUGUGCCUGAAGCGUGGACUGGAAAGGGAUUUGUGUUGAACCGGUGUUAAUAACGGCACCAUGUUGCGUGUCGGGGGCAAAGUCGCCUGCACGUCCUGCAGGAACCUGGUCUCCACCAACACGGGGCUGAGAUUUCCGGUGCCACUGCAGAAGCUGCACCCCCUGUCCCGUGCCAUCCACCACCGUUAUUCGGGAAGCGCCAACCCCCAGCGACCUCCUCAUCGCAUGGCAGCUCGCUAUUUCACCUCCAUGUCACGGUUGCCCAUGCGGCCACCCAAGCCUCCCCCUGGGUCAGGGGGCCGGAACCAUCAGCAACAGCGCAACUUCUGGGUGGCACGCCUCGCCGCCAGGCUGCUGAAGCUUCGAUACAUUCUGCUGGGCUCGGCAGUGGGGGGAGGGUACACAGCUAAAAAGACCUAUGACGAAUGGAAGGACAUGUUUCCUGAUUUAAGUGAAUACAACUGGGUCAUUCCAGAUUUUGUCUGGGAACUGAGUGAACAGAUCGAUCUUGAUAAACUGGCCAAAGCUCUACCAGAGAUAGAAGAAAUCGCCAAACUACUACCUGACCUAGACAAGAUAAGAGAGAACUUCACUUUCCUCAAAAGCCUCCUUUCUUCUGGUGUGAGUUUGGGUAGUGAAGUCAAAGGAGCUGGUCUGCUUCUGUUGUUAGAAACCUCUGGGGAUCCUCCUCUAAAAGCCACAGAUUCUUCUACUGCAGCCACACAGGACGCCGGUGACAAGCAGUACAAAAAGGGUCUGCUUGGCGAGCUCAUUCUUAUUCAGCAGCAGAUCCAGCGGCACGAGGAGGAGGUCCGGCGGGCCGCUGAAGCCAAUAGUGCGCGUCCCCCACCGCCAGAGCCCGCUCCCAGUCCGCCUCCGAACCCCAGCCCCCCUCAGCAGAAACGCAAGUCAUCAGACAAAGAAAAGGUAGACCAACUUCAAGAAGAGCUGCUCCGUACACAGUUAAAAUAUCAACGCAUGCUGGAGAGACUGGAGAAGGAGAAUAAAGAGUUAAGGAAAGUGGUGCUGCAAAAAGAUGAUAAGGGGAUUCACCAAAGGAAAGUGAAGAAAUCCCUUAUUGAUCUGUAUUCUGAAGUUUUGGACAUCUUGUCUGACUACGAUGCCAACUACAACACGCAGGACCAUCUACCCAGGGUGGUUGUCGUCGGGGAUCAGAGUGCUGGGAAGACUAGUGUGCUGGAGAUGAUCGCUCAGGCCAGGAUCUUUCCCCGGGGCUCAGGAGAGAUGAUGACACGAUCUCCUGUCAAGGUCACACUAAGCGAAGGCCCCCACCAUGUGGCCAUCUUCAAGGACAGUGGCCGAGAGUUUGACCUCACUAAGGAGGAGGACCUGGCUGCUCUGAGGCGUGAGAUUGAGCUGAGGAUGAGGAAGAGCGUGAAGGAGGGACAGACAGUCAGCUGUGAGACAAUAUCCUUAAGCGUCAAAGGCCCCGGCAUCCAGAGGAUGGUGCUUGUUGACUUACCAGGUGUCAUCAGUACGGUGACUGCUGGCAUGGCGUCAGACACUAAAGAAACCAUCUUCAGAAUCAGCAAAGCGUACAUGCAGAACCCCAAUGCAAUCAUCCUCUGUAUUCAGGAUGGCAGUGUUGAUGCAGAGCGGAGCAUUGUAACUGACUUGGUGAGCCAGAUGGACCCCCAAGGAAAGAGGACCAUCUUUGUCCUGACCAAAGUGGACUUGGCUGAGAAGAACCUGGCCAGCCCGAACAGAAUCCAGCAAAUAGUGGAAGGAAAACUGUUUCCCAUGAAGGCCCUGGGCUACUUUGCUGUGGUGACAGGCAAAGGGAGCAGCGGUGAAAGCAUAGACUCCAUUAAAGACUAUGAGGAGGACUUCUUCCAGAACUCCAGGUUACUGAGGGAUGGCAUGCUGAAGGCCCACCAGGUGACCACAAAGAACCUGAGUCUUGCCGUCUCUGACUGCUUCUGGAAGAUGGUUAGGGAGUCGGUUGAGCAGCAGGCUGAUGUCUUCAAAGCAUCCCGUUUCAACUUGGAGACGGAAUGGAAGAAUAACUAUCCUCGUCUCAGAGAGCUGGACAGGAACGAACUGUUUGAAAAGGCCAAAAACGAAAUCUUGGAUGAAGUCAUUAGUUUGAGUCAAGUGACCCCACAACACUGGGAGGCCAUCCUACAGAAGAAGCUGUGGGAACGAGUUUCCACCCAUGUAAUUGAGAACAUCUACUUGCCUGCUGCCCAAACAAUGGACUCCGGCACCUUUAACACCACCGUAGACAUCAAGCUCAAGCAGUGGACUGACAAGCAGCUUCCUCACAAAGCUCUGGAGGUUGCCUGGGAGACGCUGCAGGAGGAGUUUGCCCGCUUCAUGGCUGAAUACAAAGGCAAAGACCAGGACGACAUUUUUGACAAGCUGAAGGAGGCUGUGAAGGACGAGAGCAUCAAAAGGCACAAGUGGAAUGAACGGGCCAUGGACAGCCUGAGAGUAAUCCAGCACAAUGCCCUCGAAGACCGUUCCAUCACAGACAAGCCUCAGUGGGACGCAGCAAUCCAGUUCAUGGAAGAGACGCUGCAGUCACGCCUCAAAGACACUGACUCCGUAAUCAAGGAUAUGGUGGGUCCAGACUGGAAGCAGAGGUGGCUGAACUGGACGAAUCGCACACCAGAUCAGCACAUUCGUAAUGAAACUAAAAAUGAGCUGGAGCGUUUGCUGAAGCUCCACGAAGACCACACCGCCUACUUGGCCAAUGACGAGGUCACCACAGUGAGGAAGAACCUCGAAGGACGAGGGGUCGAGGUUGACCCCGUGCUGAUCAAGGACACGUGGCAUCAGCUGUAUCGCCGACACUUCUUGCAGAAGGCGCUGUCCCACUGCAGCCUCUGCAAGAGAGGUUUUUACUACUACCAGAGACACUUUGUUGACUCUGAGCUGGAGUGCAAUGAUGUGGUUCUGUUCUGGAGGAUCCAGAGGAUGCUCGUCAUCACAGCCAACACUCUCCGACAGCAGCUCACCAACACUGAGGUGCGUCGCCUGGAGAAAAAUGUGAAGGAGGUACUGGAUGACUUUGGGGAAGACAUGGAGAAGAAGACGCACCUCAUUACUGGCCGCCGAGUCCAGCUGGCUGAGGAUCUCAAGAAAGUUCGUGAGAUCCAGGAGAAACUUGAAGCCUUCAUAGAAGCUCUUCACAAGGAGAAAUAAGGAAUAGAACGCAAAAGUGAAUUUUUGGAUCACAACCGAGAAAUGCACUGAACAAAGACGAGUAAAUGUGUAAAUGACCAUCGGGGGCCCCCCGGCCCUGCCUCACCACUCACCUGAAUUUAAUCUCCCCCGACUUGGCUUCCUGUUUCCCUCCCUUAGCACUGAUGGAAGGAUGAACCUGAACAGAUGGAUAAAGAUGCUUUUCUAUUUUUUUAUGUGGUUUUUUUCUCUUUCUUCUCCCUCUUUUCAUGUGAGUUGUCCCACGUCACGAGGGGAACCUCUGCACAGGAGCCCUAAAACAAACACCGUAGACCAGGAGGGAAAUGAGUAGCUUGCAUUGCGCUCUCAAUAAAUGAGGAUUGUGUACAUGUUUAUCUCCCCACUUUGUUAUUUUUGUUAGAUUUUUGUUUUUUUCUAACCUGUGGCGUUUGUAGACACAUGAUUACAGGAGUGUGUUUUAACUGAUCUGUGUACCAAGAAACACACUGCACUGGUCCCGAUGGGUGAAAUAACCUUGAAUUUCACACCUUUAUCUCACCUUGUGCUCAUAAGAUGCACCAAGUUACGCAGCUCUCAGGCUCAGAAUUUGCCUCUUUUCAGUGUUUUUUAGUUGCACCAAGGAUCCAAAGCACUUAAAUUAUUCCCCCACGCUUCAUCUGGAUUCUCCAUUCUCUCUUCACGUAACCCUCAAUGAAACUUUAGUUCCCGCAGAUGUUCUCAACUUAAAUCUUAAAAUGAAGUGUAGAAAGUAACUACCUGGUUCAAUAUUCAGCUUCCUCUCCGAUCUAUUAACAUACCAUCAGCACCUGAACAUUUUGGAAACAAUAUUAUAUAUAGAGUUCAUUUAUUAUUUUCAUCUAAUGGGGUUUAUUUGACAAAGUAGUAUGUUUGUAUGUCUGCCAAAUGCACACAAUGCUCCGGUCAUGCCUCUGACUCACGUUUUGUCUUAGUGAGUCUGUGUGGUGCUCCGUCGUCGUUAAAGAGUUACAUUUCAUCGACCGUGUUUCAACUGACAGACAGGAUUAAAACCUCCAUAAGAAUUAACGGCACGCCCUCUUGAAAAAUGUAAAUUCCGGGUGUUUGUAGAUCAUUGCUGCAGCUUUCUAAUUGAUUAUGUGAUCACCUAUUUGUAUAACAUAGUACACGGUUAUACCUAUUACUACGUUCAAGAUGUCAUUACUCAACAUCCUUGUUACAUCAUCAGUUAAAAAUGUUACUCUUAACGGUUUAGAAACACAUCAACAACAGCUUUGUGAGGCACACAUCAUUAGAUUUUGAAAAAACAAUUACACUGUCAGUUGUUACCAUCCACAUCUCUCCGUAUGUCUUGUAUUCAGGGGGUCCGGUUUCGCAGGGGUGGGACGGUCAUUGUGACGGUCUGUACUUCUACAGAGCAAAGGUACCUGAACUCCUCCGCUCUCCAUCUCCUGUGACUGAACUGAUCUCACGCCUCUUGCUGCUUUAGCGAUUAGAUCACCCCCAAAACCAGGAAUAAUGUACAGAGACUGUCCUCAAAGUCAGGACAAAAGGAUAAAUAUAAUAUUCUGGUCGGUGAUUUUAUCUGAAAAUGUAUAUUGCAUUUGUCACCGCCAUGAUUCUUCCACCUGUUGCUGUCAAAAGGCCGAAUGUUUCCCCCUUUUAUUUUACUUCUUCCUCACUCAUCAACUCUCUUCUUAUUUCACAUUGCACCGCGCUCUUUGCACCUCCUUCAUUUGGACCAUUAUGACUCCUUCCACCACCCAUGUAGAUUAAGCUGUCAGGGGUUGAGAGAGACUGUGUUCACCCCGUCAUUCAUUCACAUGUGUAUAUGGGCAUAUAUGAAUAAUAUGCUGUGCAUUGUGUACAGCUCGUGUUAAGCGGUUGUCAUGGAGCUCAUCAUGUACAGCACGCGCACGCAGAGCGAGCAGCUUGUAUAACAGAAUCGGUGAGUUGAAAAAAAGUGUUUUAUGUUGUAGAAAGUAAUGUUUGCAUGGUGUUACCCCAUCAGAUGUGCUUUAUUUAUUAAUUUUGUGUUUGAAGGCAAAUAAGUGGAAAUAAAAGUGACAUAAAUAAAAAACAAAUUUUUCAUCACA